ACAGUCAUGAGGACCCUCGCUCUCUUCUCUGCUAUUCUCCUGGUGGCCCUCCAGGCCCAGGCCGAUCCACUUCCAGAAACAUUUGAUAAGGUUCAAGUUCAGGAGCAAGCUGCGGCAGAGAACCCAGAUGUGGCCAUCUCCUUUGCAGGGGAUGAAAUUUCCGCUUUUCAAGUUUCAGAUCUAGUGAGAGGCAUCAAUUGCCGCUGCUUUCCAGGAUCCUGUCUGUUUCCAGAACGCAGUACUGGAUUCUGCCUCAUCCGUGGUAUCCGCUACUCAUUCUGCUGCCGCUAAGCAUUGAGAAUAGAAAAAAAAUGAGUUUAUAAUUUGCUUUAAAAUUGAGAUCAGUAUUUUUAGUACUCCUGGACCCUGUCCUUAAUUUCCUUUCUUCAUCCCAAAUAAAGUCUUUGUA